UUAGGAACGUGCGGCCGAGAUAGCUCUGAUCAGCUUCUUCGUCCAAGCGCCCGCAUAAACCUGUGUGGGGCGCGGAUGCCCUCCGGCACCUGCGCGGCCGCGGCAGCGGCAGGGGAAUGCGAGGACGCGGAGCUGCGGUGCCGCGUAGCUGUAGAGGAGCUGAGCCCCGGCGGGCAACCGCGAAGGCGCCAGGCCCUGCGCACCGCAGAGCUGAGCCUGGGCCGUAACGAGCGCCGUGAGUUAUUGCUGCGCCUGCAGGCGCCAGGGUCAGCCGGUCGACCGCGCUGCUUCCCUCUACGUGCGGUGCGCCUCUUUACGCGUUUCGCUGCUACCGGGCGGAGCACGCUGCGGCUCCCCGCCGACUGCGCUCCCGGCACCCGCUCCCGCUCCGGCUCCGUGCAGCUGCUGCUCUCCGACUGCCCCCCUGAACGCCUGCGCCGCUUCCUGCGCAUGCUGCGCUUCAAGCUGGCUGCUGCCCCCGGUCCCGGGCCGGCCUCCGCCCGCGCGCAGCUGCUGGGCCCGCGGCCCCGCGACUUUGUCACCAUCAGCCCGGUGCAACCUGAGGAACUGCGACGUGCGGCAGCCACCCGGAUUUCGGACACCAAGCUUGUAAAGCGGCCCGCGGAGCCCCAAACAAGAGCCGAACCCAGCACCGAGCCCCCAAAAUGGCCCCUGGCUGUGAAGAAGCUAAGCUUGCCCCCAACCAAGCCACAGCUCUCCGAGGAACAGGCUGCCGUGCUAAAGGCCGUCCUGAAAGGCCAGAGCAUUUUCUUCACUGGGAGUGCAGGGACAGGGAAGUCAUAUCUGCUGAAGCGUAUCCUGGGCUCAUUGCCCCCAACAGGCACCGUGGCCACGGCCAGCACUGGGGUGGCAGCCUGCCACAUUGGGGGCACCACCCUGCAUGCCUUUGCAGGUAUCGGCUCAGGCCGGGCUCCCCUGGACCAGUGCGUGGCCUUGGCCCAGCGGCCUGGUGUGCGGCAGGGCUGGCUGAACUGCCAGCGGCUGGUCAUCGACGAGAUCUCCAUGGUGGAGGCAGAGCUGUUUGACAAGCUGGAGGCUGUGGCCAGAGCUGUCCGGCAGCAGAACAAGCCGUUCGGUGGGAUCCAGCUCAUCAUCUGUGGGGACUUCCUGCAGCUGCCGCCUGUGACCAAGGGCUCCCAGCCACCACGGUUCUGCUUCCAGGCCAAGAGCUGGAGAAAGUGUGUGCCGGUGACCCUGGAGCUGACCGAGGUGUGGAGGCAGGCGGACCCCACCUUCAUCUCUCUGCUGCAGGCCGUGAGGCUGGGCAGGUGCUCAGAUGAGGUGACCCGCCAGCUCCAGGCCACAGCUGCCCACAGGGUGGGGCGAGAUGGCAUUGUGGCCACAAAGCUCUGCACCCACCAGGAUGAUGUGGCCAUGACCAACGAGAGGCGGCUGCAGGAGCUGCCAGGUGAGAUCCACACCUUUGAGGCGAUGGACAGCGACCCCGAGCUGGCCCGUACCCUUGAUGCCCAGUGUCCUGUUAGCCGGCUCCUCCAGCUCAAGAAGGGGGCCCAGGUCAUGCUGGUGACGGUGUCCCGAGGCCUGGUGAAUGGCGCCCGAGGGGUGGUGGUCGGCUUCCAGGCGGAGGGCAGAGGGCUGCCCCAGGUGCGCUUCCUGUGUGGGGUCACUGAGGUCAUCCGUGCUGACCGCUGGACAGUGCAGGCCAUGGGGGGCCAGCUCCUCAGCCGCCAGCAGCUCCCCCUCCAGCUGGCCUGGGCGCUAUCCAUCCACAAGAGCCAGGGCAUGUCCCUAGACUGUGUGGAGAUCUCUCUGGGUCGUGUGUUUGCCAGUGGCCAGGCCUAUGUGGCCCUCUCUCGGGCCCGCAGCCUGCAGGGCCUGCGUGUGCUGGACUUUGACCCCACAGUGGUGCGCUGUGACCCCCGUGUGCUACGCUUCUAUGCCACCCUGCGGCAGGACCGCGGCCUCAGCCCGGAGUGUCCUGAUGAUGAUGAGGCAGCCUCAGACCAGGAGAACAUGGACCCGAACCUCUGAGCCUCACUGUGAGGACACAGCAGGGCCUUCCAGUCCCCUGCUCCCUAGCGGGCCAGGCCCCAGGGACCAAGCAGGGGAAGGGCCCGUGCUCCUCUCCGCAUUCCACAGGGCCCUUGGUGUGGCAGGGUUACAGGGAGAGUGCUGCCCGCCCUCUUACCAGCUGUGCCUCAGCCUCUCCCCCAUGCCCUGGGUGAGCUGUGCCAGGGUCAGAAGAAACCCUUUCCGUGCCUGUUAAGAACGGGCAUGUGGGGGUACCUGGUACCAGGGGACAAAGCUGUCUGCGAGGGAAGAACAAAGCCACAGAGUCCUGAGCAUGGCUUCCUUCAGGAUGCAGAAGGGAGACCCAGGACAGGGGCCCCAUGAGUAGCAUCAGGGCUCUCCAGGAGGGACCUGGGGGGGGGGGCUCAGGCCAGUAUGGGCCCAAAGCAGAGAACGCAAUGUGGGGGUGCCUCCCAGCUAAGCUCAGCCUGGCGCAGCCCAUAAAAAACACCUUUCUGAGCCUAACCUGAGAAUGCGCACUGCACAAUGUACACCACAUAUGUGGAUUUUUAAUUUGCCAAAGGGUGUGUGUGCUCACCAGGAAGAAACAGAGGGAGAAAGUACCCCACGACGGGG